CGUUAUACGUUGUCUAAAGGCGAGUGUUGGUCGUGGUGUGUAGCGUACGAAGACGAAGGUACGAAUGUGUAUGUGCGCGUUUUCGUGUGCUGCUGUGUUUUUUUGUACGCCACGUAUUAUUAUAUUAAAUAUAAUAGUGUAAACGAUGUGAUAGUGAGAAUUAUAUUUUAAUUAUUAUAAAUGAUAUUUUUACGCGUUACGAUUAAUGUAGUAAUUAUUUAACGAACGUUUUUGUUAUUAUUGGCGCGAAGAAUUCGAGAAUCCGACGAGUCGAGUCGACGUGCUGUGUUACCAUUAUUUAAUCACCCACCAUUAGUAGUAUUAUUCGACGAAUAAAGUGUGUAUUUUGCUUAUCUAUCUGUGUACGACGUACCUCUACCUACCUACGUGAGAAGAAGAAGUGUUCGUACUCGUCGUCUUCGUCGUCGUCGGUGGUGUUGAAAUAAAUGUGUUAUUGUAUAUCGAUGUCGUCCAGUGCGACAAUCCUUCGCUGAUAUCAGUAUUAUUACAAUACGCAAGCUACAAGAAAUUACAUAUUUCUUAUGCAUCAUUUGCCAAAGAAGAAAGAGUAAUCCAAAUGUUACAAGACAAUUCUAGUUCCAAUGAAAUUCAUUCUGAUAUACUUAGUUCUUUCGAGGAGAUUGUAGAGAACGACAUUGCGAGCAAUGAGCCUGUUCAACCACAAAAUACCCAUAAUUCUACACCAUCUCACAUUGAUAUAGGCUGUGAGCCAAAAAGUUCUCGGAGUAAGAAGUCUGAUUCAGGGUGUAUGGAGGGGGAUCGAGCUGGCUCCCUUCAUUCUCCCAAAUUAACUCUCUCUUGUUCUCUUAUAUCUGUGAUAACCAGCUCAAGUAUGUUAGAAGAGCCUAAUCCUCCGUCCUAUCGUAUAUUACAGAGCUCGCAAGAUAUUGACGGGGGUACUUCCAUGGCCCGACACCUGACAAAGGUGGCCGACUCUGGUGCUCAGGAUAGUAAUAAGUUUCCUAGUAAUAAUAACAAUCAUAACGAUAGUUUUAAACUAACUAAUAAGGAUCCCGCUGCUACUACUGCUGCUGCUGCUGCUACUACUACAUCAUCCACUGCUAGUACUGCUGCGAUGAAUGACGACGAACCGAACGUAAAAGACCAUAGAGGAGAAGAAGAAGGCAACGUAAAUGGCGAUAGCGUCGCCUCUUCUUGCUACUGCUACUCGUCCCAAAAGGCAGACGACAAUGAUGGCAAUAACGAUAAUAAUCGCAACAACGACAACGACGACGACGACGACGCCGACGAUGCUAAACCACAACCACACCAGAGCCCUGCAGCAGGGAAAUCCUUCAUCGUACGGAGUAAGACUCCGGCGACUUCGGCGGUGGUGGCAGCGUCGACGACGACCAUUGUUGGCGACGAUGGCGGUGCUGGCGGCGCGGCAAUAAUUUCAUCAUCAUCGUCAUCAUCAUCGUUGUCCGAUCAAUACAUUCCAAUAACGAAGAAUUCGUAUCCUACCGAAAUGCGCGACAAAGAAGACUUCUACUACGACGACGAUCACGAACUGACCAAAAUUGCGGAUAAUUACAAGAAAACGUGGGGUAUUCCGUUAAUGUGUAAGCUGUUGGGCGGCGGCGAGAGUACGUUGAAUUCGAACCAAGCCGGUCCCAUAUCGAAUUCGGCGGCCGGGUCUCCUUCUUCAGGCGGUACCGGAGCUGGCGGCGGCGGCGGCGCCAAUAACAACGCCGGAGGCGGCGGUUGGCCGGCCGGAUCUAAUCAGACGACCGGAGGCGGCGGCGGUAACGCGUGGAACGCGAGCGGAGCUGCGGGCGGCAAUGGCGGCGGUAGCAAUGCAGGUGGCGCCGGCCGGCAAGCGGUCGUCUCUAAUUCUUCCUCGAAUAAUGCUAGUCAUCCAUCGAAUACGUCACAAAAUUCAGGCAAAGGUGGUAACAAUUCCGGUAACCAAAGUCAAGUGUCUUCGCAACAGCAACAACAACAACAGCAACAAGGCGGCGGCGGCGGCACUAGCGGACAACAAGGUGGCGGCGGUGGUAACACCGGCGGCGCAACUUCGUGGGCUCAGGCAGCCGGUAAAAAUCUGCCCCCGUCGUCUUCGGCGGCGGCUGCGAACACAUCACCCGGAUCAGGUGGCAGCGGCGCCGGAGCAGGCAACGUACCAGCGUCGCCGAUCGGAGCUGGUAAUACGACAUCGAACGGCGGCGGCGGUGCGAAUAACGCAGGCGGUAACGGCGGCAACGGAACUAGUAUGGGAAGUCCUGGCGGCGGAGCAGGCGGUUCGGUUGGCGGAAAUACGGGCGCCGGGGGCGCAGCCAACGGUACGAAUACGACCGCUUCGAAGCAGCAAAUCGAAGAUUUCAAAUCGAUACGCGAUUCUUUAUUCGCCACCGAUGGAUGGGGCGGUCAGCACGUGAAUCAGGAUAGUCUAUGGGACGUUCCAUCGUCUCCGGAGCCAGCCGGAGCUGUGAAAGACGGCGCCGGCGGCGGUAACAACGCCUCGGCCGCUAUACCGUGGAAACCGAACGUGAACAACGGUACUGAUUUGUGGGAAGCGAAUUUACGUAACGGCGGACAGCCUCCGCCGCAGACUACGCAGAAAACGCCGUGGGGACAUACGCCUACGACCAAUAUCGGCGGCACGUGGGGCGAAGACGACGACGUCGGCGAAUCGUCCAACGUGUGGUCCGGAUCGUCGACUGCGAACGUGGCUAAUCCGGGCGUACAGCAGUGGGGAUCGACUCCGAAUAAUCCGACUCCGAUGUGGGGCAACGCGACCAAAAAAGACGAAUGGGGUAAUUCGGCCGGCGCAGGAGGUGGCGGCGGCGGUAGCGGCUGGAAUGAUCCCAGAGAUAUGCCCAGAGCCGGUAACGGUAUGGAUCCGAGGAACAAUAUGGUCGACAAUUCGCAUAUGCGCGCCGUCAUCGAUCACAGAGGUAUCAGCGGUAGAUUGAACGGUUCGAAUAACGCUGAGCCUAUGUGGGGCGGACCACCACCGCAACAACCACCUGGCGGACCUGGUCCGCAUCAUCAUGUCACACCAACCGGUCCACCACCCGGGCCACCCGCUCAAACAUCGAAAAUGGUACCACCCGGAGGUCCGGCAACAGUAUCUCAUUGGAAAGAAAUGGGAGGCGUUGCGGGCAAUAAUCUAGGACGUAGCGGAAUGCAAUGUCCGCCUGGACCAACGAUACCUCAAAAUCGUCUCAAUACCAGUGGAUUGAAUAGCGCGGCUGCGGCUGCCGUAGCUGCCGGCAUUAAACCCGAUCAGUUAUGGGGAGCUCAUCCGAACAGAAACGGCGCGUGGGGCGAAAAUGGUCCUCACGAUAUGAACUCGACACCCUGGGGCGAAGAGAAACUAACGCCUUGGAACGAACCGAACAUGACGUCUUGGAAUUCGUCUCAAAAACCCAAAACCCCAAUGACUCCCGGAGGCUGGGGUGAUGGCGAAGUUGAUCCCGCAUCUUGGGGUCAUGCGUCAAAGAUGGCUCCGAAGAAUUUAACCAAAGAAAUCGUCUGGGCCAGUAAACAGUUCAGGAUUUUAUCCGAAAUGAAUUUCAAAAAAGACGACGUCGAGAACGCUCUUCGCGCCAGUAACAUGAAUCUUGAAGACGCUCUCGAGUACCUGAACGCGACUCGUGCCGGAGCUACCGUCAACAAUAUGGACGGUUGGAGAAGACACGAUAUUGAUGCUAGUCCAUUUGAUCACACGACCAAUCAACCUUAUCCCUCGCAUAGAUUUAAUCCUCAGCAGCAAUUACCAUUUACGAUGCCGCCUGGUGGCAAUGGCGGUGGUAAUGGAGCAGCCACACCUAGUCUUUCGAAUCUUAAUCCAGCCAUGGUACAAAAAUUACUUACACAGCAGCCACCUCCGCAGCAGGCUUCUGUUCAGCCCUUUAAUCAAACAUCACGCACAACUCAAAAUCAGCCUUCGGCUCAUCAGUUACGUAUGCUGGUGCAACAGAUUCAGAUGGCUGUGUCGGCUGGAUAUCUUAAUCAUCAGAUUUUGAAUCAGCCUUUGGCGCCUCAAACGCUCAUACUAUUGAAUCAAUUAUUGCAACAAAUCAAGCUGCUGCAACAGCUCCAGCAACAGGCUACUCAGCAAUCCAUGUAUCCGGGAGGUCAACCGAACAAAAGCGGAGCUUACAUGACAUUAACGGUGAAACAGCAACAAUGCAAGCAACAGAUACAAAGUUUACAAAAUCAAAUUGUCGCUACUCAAGCUGUUUACAUGAAACAGCAGCAACAACAGUCGCAGCAUCAUCUAGGUGCACCGAGCGGCCAGCAGCAAGGCGCGAAUAUGACUGAUUUCUUCAAAAGCCAGGACCCAUUAUCGCUUCUGCAAACUAAUUUCUCUGAUCUCAACCUGACUAAGGAUCCUCAAAUGCAAGCGGUAGCUGCCGGUUUUCAGAAUCAAUCUAAACUAAACCAAUGGAAAUUACCUAAUUCUAUGGAUAAAGACGACCUGAACUGCGGUAACGAGUUUAGCCGCGCGCCCGGUACAACUACGAAAAGCACACCGGCUUCGGGAUCUCCGAAUUUGAAUCCUUUGCUCGGACAAAGUGACAGCACAUGGUCUAAUGUUACUAAUCGUUGCGAAUCCGGUUGGCCGGAGUCUGUGAACGAAUUAUCUGAUAAUAAAGAUUGGGGAUCGCCCGGUUCAGCAGCCAGUAAUUUUACCGACUUGGUUCCAGAAUUCGAGCCCGGUAAACCGUGGAAGGGUAAUCAAAUGAAAAGCGUCGAAGACGAUCCAAACAUAACGCCCGGCUCUGUGGUACGAAGUCCGUUGCUGUCGUUGUCGACGAUGAAAGACGCGGAUAUAUUUAAUACUACUUCGAACGCAGCCACUCUAAGUGGAAAAACGUCGCCUACUUCGGUAGACAUGCCUCUUACUCCGUUAUCCAUUCCUUCAUCAUCGACGUGGAGUUUCAACCCCGCGUCUUCGGUUUCCUCUUCUUCUUUUGCUAGUCCUUUAGGUAAAGUGAAUAAUGGUAAUUCAGUCGUAUCGAAGAACGCCGGCUGGGGCGAUGUGAACACAUCGUCGGCUGCCAACGUCAGCGAUCUAUGGGCGAUGCCUAAAUCACGCGGCCCACCUCCCGGUCUAACCGCCAACAAUAAGAAUUCCAAUAUGGGUGGAGGCGGCGGCGGCGCAUCUAACAGCAAUGGCUGGGGAUCGCUCGGAUCACCGAGAUGGCCGUCGAUGGCGAAUUCGCAAAAUACCUGGAUGGGUUCGCCUUGGCUGUUGUUGAGAAAUCUUACACCACAAAUUGACGGUUCUACUUUGAAAACUCUAUGCAUGCAGCAUGGUCCGUUGAAUAAUUUCCACUUAUUUUUAAACCACGGUAUUGCAUUGGCUAAGUACAAUACGCGCGACGAAGCGAGCAAAGCUCAAGGUGCGCUGAACAGCUGCGUGCUGGGCAACACGACGAUAUUCGCCGAAUCGCCGGCCGAGAACGAGGUGCACUCGCUACUACAACAGUUGAACCAGCAAAGCACGUCUGCGGCGGCGGCCGGCCAAAAUUGGUCACGCGGCGGAGCGGGCGGCGGCGGCGGCGGAGGCGGUUCGGUGGGCGGCGGCGGGCAAGGCGGCGUCAACCAGACCGCCAAGCAAAUGCAGCAAAACUCGCAGCAGGCGGCGGCGGCAGCGGCGGCAGCAGCAGCAGCUGCGGCAGCGGCGGCGGCCGGAGCCGGCGGACCUACGGACGCGUGGGGCUCGAACGCGGCGGCGGCCAACCCCAGCCAAUUAUGGUCUUCGGCGCUGUGGGGCGCUCCACCAGGCGGCCUCGAAACAUCCGAUCCGCAUCGCGCGACGCCAUCGUCUCUCAACUCGUUCCUACCGGGUGAUCUAUUAGGCGGCGAAAGUAUGUGAAGAUGAGACUUCUCACACUCAAUUCACGUUGGUUGGUGGUAUGAGGAUGGCGAUGGCGACGACGACGACGACGACGAAAGAGUACUCAUCAAAAAAAAAAAUACCUAGCUGUAUCUUCUCUCUGCACAUAAAUGUAUACCUACGGUACGUCUCUCCUUCUUCUUCUUCUUCAUCAUCAUCAUCAUCAUCAUGGUCAUCAGCAUAGCAUUUUACCUAUUCCACACCAGUGAGUUGUACAUCUCCGCAUCCACCGUCAAGCCAGUCGUCUGUACGGGAUCGGCGGUCAUCUUACAAUCAGUCAAAAAGUAUGCGUAAGAUGGUCGUUAUAUUAUUUAUCUCUACCCUACAUAUAAUACGUGUGUAUUUUCCUCUCUGUCUCUCUCUCUCUCUCUCGUAUCUACAAUUAUUUAUAUAAUAUGCAUAUUACGCUCGUUCUAUUAAUUGUUCUAGUAGCGUGUGUAAUCGUGUACUUUUAUCAUUUUUUUUUCGCCCCCUUUUGCCCUCGAGUACCCUAAAUGUAUUGUUUUUACCAACGUAGUACGUGUUAUUUUAUUGGUUCGUUCGUUUGCUCGGACAACGAAUAUCGUGUGUGAUACGACGACGAAGUCGAAGUCGAUGAUGAAGAUGGGAAAAGUACGCGAGCACCUCGCCGCCCCUCAACAUAAUCCUCUGUGUAUCGUUCCUGGUAUCCUGGUGUAAUUUUUUUUUCUUACGUGCGAUGAUGUUAAUAUUACGCUUAGCUCAGGUGUUAUUUUACUCUUUCUCUCUCUCUAUAUACCUAUUCCGUGUAUUACUAUAACCGAUGAGCGGCCAAAGGCUGAAUUUUAUCCACCCCCCACCCCCUCUCAUGUUUUAUCGAUGUUAACUUACUAUUAUGUACUACAUUUAUGAGCCUAUUCUGGUCAUAAUAUGUUUUUUUUUUCUGUCUUUUAAAUCCUAAUCUCUCCCCCCCCCCCUAUCAACGAGUGUCCUUAGCUGAACAACAACAACAUCAAAACAAGAGUAAUGUAAUCACAGCAGCAGAGAUGAUAAUCCGGCGACGAUUUGUGUUUGCGUUAGUGUACGAGUGUGUAUUAUUUGUGUAUGUAUGUGUUUGUAUGUCUGUCUGUGUGUGUGUGUGUGGAUGUUCCUAGAACGUAGAAGGAACGUUCUACGAUACCUUAUAUACCCUUCCUGUGUACCAAUUUCACAAAGUCCGAAGUCGAGCUAUUAAAAUACUAUUUACGAUUUUGAUUUUGUACCGCGUUGUUUGUCGCGCCUCAAGGAGCGUAUGUACUUUGAGGGGAAAAAAAAUAUCUUACGUGUGUGUGUAAUAAGCCUCUGUUAACUACUACGAUCAUGCCUGCCAUAACUCGCAAUUAGUUGUUGUGUUAUUAUUAUUAAUUUUUUCUCUGUUUUGUUUCUUUUUUUUUUCAUUUUUUUUCCUUUUUGUUUACGAGUAAAUACGUACGGAAGUCUUACUUUUUUUUUUUGCGCCUUAAACUUUAUAUACCUAUGGUUAUGUGUACUACUAACGAAGUUACAAAAUGUAAGGAUAUAGCGAAGAAUGAAUUAAAUGAAGUUUUAAAUAAAUAAUAAAAAAUGAAAAAAAAAAUUUGAAAAAAAAAUUAUUUUUAUUACACGAUAAGUUACAUUGAAAAAAUGAUAUUUUUUAAGGUACAAUGAUCUUGAUAGUAUUUGAUAAAAUCGUUUUUGUUUUUACCAAUGA